GCGCAAGUUACGGCGCAAGUGUCAGUUUAUUGUCGAAAAUCAGAAUGAUUAAAUGUGUAUCUGUGUUAUUCCGCGACAGGUAUCAAUUUCUCCGCUGCGUAGUGUUUUCAUAAUCAUUCAUUUACUGCUUGAAACCGCGCUACUGGUAACUUCGUUUAAUUAAUAUCAUUGCUUCAUUGCGAGGGAAACUUUGAAGCAUUAGAGGGAUAUCACGAAAUACAAAAGAACACUGCGAUGUUCGACGAUGAAUCCGAAAACUUUUCAUGCAGAUUUGAAAUGUACAAAGGAAGAGAGAGGCAGAGCGGAAGGGAUAGGUUAACCCUCGUACGAUCCCCGAUUUGGUGGUUCGCUUCGACUUUUGGAAUAGUAGCUGAUUGCCGACUAUCGACGAGCGUGUGUCGCCCGUAUGCAACGUAUUGCGAACCGAAAAGCUGACGGCGGAUCCUCCAAAGGCUGGUUCGUUUCGCUUUGUUGCGGUAAAGGCUUGACAAAUAGGGAAUCUAGGCUUGGAGGCUAUCGAGUGCCGUAAUUACUCGACGCAACGCGUACUCGCCUAUGCGUAGAGACGAUAAGAAAGGUGAUACGAAGCAACAAAAACGAGGAAACGAUUUCUCGUCUUUGCAAUUCUUUGGACGAAGCGUAAAUUCAAUUCGAGAAGGAACACGUAUGAAAACAGCGUUAACGAGUUCGACGAAACGUACCGCGUUGUUCUUGUCUCGCUUGACCGCCUCUGUUCGUAUACGGAACUUUUGAAAUGGCGAAACGAGCGGACCUCGCCGCGCGGCGCAUAGAGUUUCAUCUCGGGAGAUUACACGAAUCGUGAUCAAAGUAAACCGAUGAAGAAACGAAGCUUGCUAACGACGAGAGGAUCAGGGCGAGGAAAAGUGAAGCGAACGGAUAGGGGAAGAAAAUAGAAGAAUGAGAGAGAAACGGCCGAGAUGGGUGGCAAUGGGAGAAGGAGAAAGGAGACGAGAGGAAGGGUGAAACGAUCCGCGGCGGCGGCGGCGGCGGCGACGGCAGCAGCAGUAUUCCGGUUUUUUGAUAUCGGCUGGUUUUCGCGGUGGUAGCAGUAUCGAGCUAACAAUUAAUUAUUGGCGGCGCUUCAGAGGGCUGCCGGCAGCCGUAGUUAAACAUUACGCGUUCCAUAUCUUACUGUGCUAUCUAAUCCCCACGGGGGCUCGAGCGCUACUGCAGUAAUCUCGUUUAAUUGCCGGCUGUAGACGCGAGAGUCCCGUUCAAUUAGUUUUUCAAAUAAACAUUAGUUUCCUUAACACGCGGUGCCAUAACGUGGCGGAGGAUGAGGGCAAGGACGAGGACGAGAACGAGAACGAGAACGAGGGCGAGGAUGAGGCUCUGCGGAGAGAGCAGAGAAACAGCCCGAUAGCGGAAAGAAGAUAGGAACGGUCAAAUCGGUGGAGAAAGAGAGAACUGGUUGGUGAAAGGGACAGAAGAGAAGGAGAAGGAGGAGGUGGCAGCGAUGGUAGUGGCAGUAGGGAACAAAGCGAGAAAGUAAGAGGGGCAAAUCGAAGGUGGGAAAAGAGAAAGAGGCAAGCGCGGGGGGCUUUGGGAGGAAGAGGAGGAUAGCGUGGUACACUCGGAAGGCAGGUCGGUAGAGGUGACGGGUCUAUGGAACAGAAGGGUGACGGUGGAGGAGGCGGUGGUAGCGGACGUAGUGGAGGUUGGCGGAGACGGUUAGAGGGAGGAGAAAUACCAGUGGAAGAGAAGGGUGGUGUCGCGGCCGCGGGGUAAGUAAUUAACGACACAUUUAUACGAUAUCGCCCACGGGUGCGGCGUAGCGCGGUGUAGCGCGGCGUGGCGCGGCACGGUGCAGCGCGGAACGGUGAAGAGACACAAACGUGGUGGUGAGAAGGACGAAGCGGGGAGCAGAAGCGAACCAAGCUAGAAUCUCGUUCGUAGGAAAUGCUUCGCUAAUAGGAAGCUAUGCGUUCGUCGAUAGAUAUCUAACGUAGACCGACCAACCGAUCGAUUGACCGACCGACCGACCGAUCCCCUCAACAUCUGACCGUCUGGCCUUACGACUAUCCUGAUUCGUAAAUGCGACUAUCGUUUCGACGAUCACGACCAUUCAAACGAUGGAAGAUGCGGUUUUAGCGCUUGCGAUCGAAUAUAACGAUCGCCUUUGUUCGUCAAACUCCUCGUAUCCUUCUGAUGCAACGAUCGAUCGUUCGAUUCUAUUUUUGUCGAAUAUCUUCGUCGAUUAUUGCUUUGCAUUAUUGUUAUUGGUAUCUGUCGUUAGCACAGCCCUAGCUGUAUCCGACGUGGCCGAUACGGGAACCGGCUAGAAAUCGAGAAAGAUCGACAAAUCAUGGAACAAAGCGGAAUACGAGUUGGCAAACAAGCGAAAGGGGAUCGACGCGACUUUUGCCUUUGCGCGAAACGUACUCGUUGCUCGCGCGGCUGGUUAUGGUGAUGCGGAUUAUUCACUAAUAUGAUUUACGACGUAUUACCCCGACGUGCUAGCGCGCGCGACUCACAAUGCGCACAUAAUGUGAGGCAUAAUUUAUUAAUUUUACUAAUGGCUCCUGCCCAUUAUUAUUGAUUUCGGACCGCGCCUCGUUCGGACGGGCGCUGAUUUAUCCCGGUCGUUAUCGGCCCCAUGUUAAAUCGUCCGCGAACCAGGAGCCGCGAGAAUACAAUUCGACGACUCGUGUACUUUUCCUUUCCCAUUGCGCGCCUGUUCUAUAGCUGUCGAUAUAGCUAUCGAUGCGAGUGGAUAUCGGUAGUGCAAGCCGUCCAGUCUCCUCCCGUAUUCGUUCGCAGGCUCGCGGCCUGUAAGAGAAAAAAGGAAAACUCUUUCAUUUCGUAUGUUUCGAGUCCAGCAUGCCACAGAUAGAAAUCGUAAAGAUAAAAAUUGCUCGAUCAAAUCGUUGUACGAAAUACUUGCUACUCGAGUGUCUCGACUUUACCCAAUCCAAUUCCAAACCUUUGCUACUGUGAACAUUAUUUAGCUGUUAGGCCAUUCUGAAAAUUUAUCCCAUUCGUGCUCGGCAUACCUUAAACGUCGAAGAUAAAAAUGCAAAGAGAUAAAAAGCUUUCUGAAAAUUCCAUCAAUUUGGUGUAUUUAAUAAUUAUUCUUCCUUUUCUUUUCUCUUUUCGAUUAUUGCUUAAUCGGUUAAUUUUGCAGAUUCGAAAGUUUGCGAGGGAUUGUCCGAAAGGAAGAUACGGGUAAAGGGUGAUCGACGAAGGAAAAUACACGAGGGAAGUGCAUCGAGAACGAUCCAGACACCACGUUGCGCGAAUGGCCGCGCCGACACGAUAUUAAAACAUUAAAAUAACGUACGACCGUGCAAAAACGAAAGGCUACGGUUGACGCGAUCCUUUCAUCGCAAUUCCGACCGUCCGGUACUCUAUUCAAACACGAUCAUUCGUUUCGUUAUUACGCGGCAUUUUUCACCGAUGGACAAGCGCGUAUGGCUUACGCAUCGCGCAUUCGUCAUUCGUCCCGACGAUCCCGCGAAUUUAUCAAUUUAUCAAUUUUUAAAUGUUACACGUUUCCCGUUAAUGGACUAGGACACUGCUGACAUGACGAAGCGUAACAGAUCGAGACGCGAGGAGCAAGACAUCGAGGAAGGAGCGAGAAGAAAAGGGGACCGGAUCAACACCGUAUCUUCUCGACGUUCCGCAGCUACUGCUGCCAUCUGGAACCACGAAUGUUCGAACAAGUUGCGGACACGGCAGAUCGCAGCGCGUGGACCUCGUCGAAGAGAAACAAAAUGAAGGAAAAGGAGAAAGUUUCCUUCUUGGUACAGGGGGAGAGGAUGAACUCGAUAUCAGUUGUUUCUCCAUCGUCUUCUCUCGGCCACCGCGUUUGGACGUAUGCGUCAGUCUUCUCUUUUGGAAACGUUACUGGCCGAGACAAAGACGUAAACAAAAAAUUAAAUACAGUAGAAUCUCAGUUAUCCGAUCCAGUCGAGAGACAAGAGCGUCCAGAUGAGGGGAUUUUCGGAUGAUAGAACAGUUACUUUUCCGAUGUUUAUCUUCGUGUAUUUAUUUCAAAAAAGAACUUAACUAUUCGUAAUAGCGAUACAAAUAACGUAAGCAGAUACGAUUCGAUCGAAGAUUUAUGAAUCUCAAGACCUUUUAGCCUGGUAAAUCAGAAAUCUUGUUUAGCGGAUUCAAUUUGGCAAAGUUACAUUCAUUUUGUGCCUCCUCCCGUCUUAACUUUACUUCUAACGCCUCAAAUGCUCUUAGUGUCAUGGUCAAUCGAGUAAAUCCGUCACAUUGAAACCAUUCUAUCUCGUCGCAGCGCUAUCACAACCAUCGAAUCCCGGUAUUGAAUCAGUGCAGGAAGAGUUUCUUCUACAUCUGUCGUAAUAUUAUCGUCCACUUUUUCCCGUAUGGUUUCAUCGAUGUAAUUCACUGGUUUACUUCAUGCUCUUUUCCGUGUCACACAUUUAACGCCCAACCAAGCAUAUGUCACCAUGUAACAGCAAUGCGUUAAAUUUAAUUGCUCGUGAAGUUGUCGUAUCACCUUUUCGCUAGUAGCGUCGUUGAUCGUUAACAAAAAUUCUCGUGGAAGAUUGAACAUUUUAUACGCGAAACGUGUUCGCAUAAUGGAACGUUGGGAUGACACAAUGUUUGAAUGAUAGAGAAUUCGAAUAACAGAAUUCGGAUAAUCGAUGUUCCAGCGUACUCUGUAAAAGCCAUUUCGAAUAAUUUGUUGCCGAAAAGGACGAAAAGAUGUUUAAGAGAAGACCGGUGAAGUUAUAGAUAUCAGAAAGCCUGAUUUUAGUUAAAUUCUUCUUAAUUUUCGUACAACCUAAUAGUAUCGCGCGACAGUAAUAAACGAGAGGAGCAUUCCCUUCGUCGUUGUGUCGUCUCAUGGGAAUUCUUCCUAGCUGUGCAGCGUACUUUGGCCAGGAACACGCAUCGUGACUAAAACGUAGUUAAAAUAAGCUGAUUAAGAAAAAAACAACCACGAUGUCACGCUUUCGUAGAAAAGGACAGGUCGUUUUUACGGUUGUCGUAUCUUUCAGUUUCACGAACUCCAGUUGGAGCCGCGAUACGGUCUAACGAGCUGUUCGAAAGCAAACAGUAGGCGAUCUACCGAGAUAGCGUGUUGUAUAGAUCAGAUACACGGUAACGAAGGAAUUAUAUUACUCUUAGCCGAUGAACCUUUGAUGAUUCCGUUUGAAGUCGACGUUUCCAGGCACCGGAAGCAAAGCAGCAAGAGUGGAGGCAGAAGCAAAAGCAGAAGCGGCAGAAGCUGAAGCGUUAGCAAGCACGAGGUACGGCGCACAACGCGUUAGGAGCACUGUCACCCUCGACUUGGCCGGCAGAGAGAAGGGUCUAGAUGGUGAGUUUGGCCGACGGUGCGGGUUUAGUAACAACGGUGGCGACGACGACGAGGAAGACGACAGCGACGACGACGACGACGACGAUGUCGGUGGGGUGUAGCAGGUCGAGAAGUCAAUGAGCAGUGGCACGAUCGGAGGAUCUGGACGCGAAGAAGAGCGGAAAGAUCGUGGAUGGUGGUGGAAAGGCUGAAGCCGAUGCAGUGACGGUAGUAGCAACGAUGGCGGUAUAUCGGUUGGCGGGACGGUGUUACCAUCGGAGGGAUUUUAGUGUCUCGGGGAGUAAUAACGUCUCGGGGUGUAGAUUAUACGGUGUCCGGCCAGGAACGGGCGAGUGCCCAGUUGGGUCCUCCGAUGAUGCAAGGUCCCCCGGUGCCACCCCCGUCCGGACAUAUAUUAGCAUUCUAACCAACCAUUAUUAUAUGCCUGGUGAGCCGCGUUGGGCCGAGAGUACCACCAACGCCCAUGUUGCGUACUUGGACCAAGUUUACCAACAAUUCACCGGGGCUCGCGCUCUAUAAUGGCCCCACGGCUGCUUAAUUUAUCGCGGUCGUAAUUAAUAGCUUUGUAAUUUUCAUACAGGCGUACACGGGCCGCGUCGCGGAAUUUAUGGAUACGUUUUCGCUCGCGAUUAUCGAUUCCGUGCGGUGCUCGACGAUAGUCGCGCCGCGCGCUAAUCUCCGAUGUAUUCUUCCGUAACGCGACGUGAUAUUUCUGCGCGCCGCUUCUCCGUCCAGUCGGCCGACUUCGCGUUUGCGCUUGCUGUUCCGGUGCCGGUUUCGUUCAACGGCUUCGCGUUCGCGCUCUUCGUGUCUGCCGAUUGGCCGAAUUUUUUUACCUCGCUCGUUGUUUCGCUGGAGCUGCGUCGAAUCGCAUGCUCGUCAAACGUUUACGCGUCAUCAUUUGCCGCACGAGCGGACGAUAUCAAUUAUUAAAUAUCCCUUUCGUCUUGUAAGUAGUUCCUUCUUUACGACGCUUAAAUAUAAAAUAAGUAGACGGGUGCAACGGUAAGGUGCUCGCCACGAUACCUGGCUGACUUGUGGCUCCAUUAGCGCCCCCGGCUGCUAACGUAUAGCAUAAUAAGAGUUUAUGUGUCAGGUUGAUGCGCCAGAAGUCUACCAGACAAACUCCGCCCGCGCGGCAUAGAAACCGUUAUAUUUUCAUUAGACCGCCGAGCCCGUAACGAAGGGUACCUUCGAUGAACUCGAAAGAAUAGCCAACCGCUUCUAAGUCUUCCAGCAAGAUUAACCAGCUACGUUUCAGCCUCUUCUCUUUUUUCUCGUUGGACGUCGCAGAAGAGAAGGUGCGAUACGAACUCUCGCGUGUACUUGUAUGUUCGUAUAGAAGAAAUCGAAGAUUCGUUCGUGUGGCAGAACCAGAAAGCUCGACGAGAACCGAAAGGCUGUAAACGCGUAGGGUGUGGGCGUUGUACGAGAGACAGAAGGAAGGAGGAGAAGAGAUAGAGAAAGAAGGGAACAAGGACAAGGGAUAGUAAGUGUAACGCGGCAUACUCGUCCAUACGCAGUCGAGCGGGCGAAGCAUUAUGCAAUCUUGGGGUAAACUUGGCACUUAAAGGGGACGGGGAGUUAAUGCAAGGUUGUCAGGCGAGGCAAAGUGUGUGGCGAGGCGAGGCGAGGCGAGGCGAGGCAAGGCAAGCAGAAAGACGAUGGCAGGAUGCGAUGGGCGGUGGACUACGGUUCGAACUCCCUUGGUCGGGUGGUGGCGGGUGGGUGGCUAGUUCGGGCUUGUAAACGUCCAGAUGGCCGGUACGAGGGCGAGUUCACAGCCCUCCUUCCGCGAUCCCUGCAUUUCCCUCCUCGUUCGACUGCUUUAGGUUCGGAGGUACGCGAACGCGCCACGAUAGCCCCUUCACUAUAGACACCAUAGUUGCGGCUGGUUGGCCGUCACCUCUGCGUCGACGCUCCCUUGUCUCUUCGACUGAUUCAAUUUGCCUGCCGCGUGGCUGUUUAAUUACUGGCCGGAGAGUGGACCAUGGUCGCGAGCAGGAGGGAACAUCGGUGGAAAGGAGACGAGUGCGCUCGCGCGCGAAACAGUAUUCCGAGCGAACGAGCGAGCGAGCGAGCGAGCUCGGUGUGGAAACGAGAGCGAGCAAGAGGCGUAGAAACGCGAGGCGAACGCCACAGCACCGAAGAAGAGAGACGGCAAGACGGAGAAGCGGAAUAUCCGCUCGAAACCGACACACCAUCGGCAUCCCCGUUUAUCGUUGUGUUGGUGCCGGCGGUUCCGUUGCCACUAAGACACUAACGGAAUAACGGCGCUCGCCGGUGGAGAUUGUUGUUGAUGCUAAAGUAACGGGCAGCCCUGAGGGGUCGCCGCAACAGAGCACACGGGGAGAAAGAGCCGGAUACACGACGAGAAAGCUGACCAGUGGGGGAUCGAGAAGAGGCUGGGUCAACCCUGCGACGUGUCUUGCAAACCGAACAACUGUCCUGCACCCUUUCACCCUUUCGGCUCUCGCGCCACUCUUGCACCACUUUUCCCACCUUUCUCCGGCAUUCCUAUAUCUCGCCCUCCUACCUUCUUCUUCCUAUCCUUGUGCCCGAUACUACUCCCUUUACCAAGUACGUACGUGCACGUACACACACGCACACGACCUCCGAUCAUCCCUGCCGCCCUCAGUUUGCAUUCGUAUUCGUAUUCGUAUUCGUAUUCGCAUUCGCAUUCGCAUCCACGCUCUCUUCUUUCGUGUUCCUCCAGUCGACGAUGUCCACCGGCUUUACGCUCGGUUUGGAAUACGAUUUUACUGCUAUCCGAUAAAGAAACGGUCGUGGAUUCGCUGGAACGUCGUGAUCGGUUCGCCAUAGGAGUAGAUCGAACGGACGAGCAAGACUCGUCUUUUACGGUUACGUGUCUCUGCACGUUUUCUCUUUGCUUUUUACACGAGCUGUCGUUUCUUCUUCUUGUUUACUCCUUUCAUUUCGACUCGAAAGGAUGAAAAGUAGAUGUUAGGGAAAUGAUAAGGUGGAAUUCACCUCGCGAAUCGGAGGGCGAUUAAGGGUGCGCGACCGAGGCAGGUGUAUCGGCCAAAACGAAAAAUUCUCGUUGCUCUAGGUGGCUCGUUGGUUGUCGCGUGGUACGACGCGGAGAAUACGGUUGCGGUUGCAUCGUCGACACGUAUACGAACACCGGGUUUAUAAGGUAGUGCGCGCACGUGUAGCCGCCGGUGAUGACGAAGGUGCGGUAGUGUUGGUUGUUUGCAAGGGGGAGCUGCUUCGUUCGCUGCUCGACACUCGACUCUCGACGCUCGGCAAUAAAGUGUGCCUCGACGAGCAAGCUCACGUGUUCGCGUUUAGCAUUUAUCGAAACUCCGUGCGCGGGAGAUCGUAACUCGAAAGUGCAGGCCUGCCUGCGUGUCAUGCAGAUAGGUUUAAAAGCAGAACGUGCCGUAUUUACAAAUGCGAGUUUCGCUUUCUUCCUCUUCAUCCCCUUCAUUCGCGUGGCUCUCCUCGUCGCACUCGAACGGUAACAGGAAAGAUACGAGCGAGAAGGAAUCGAGUCGGCUUUCGCGGCGAUACCGUUGUUCGCCAAUUCGGCAAGAUUGCUUUUUCCACGACGGCUCUUCUCUCGUUUCACACACGUAAAAUGCGAACGAUCGUUCGCACGAACGAAAGAAACCGCGCGAGACUCGUGGCUCGUAUGUACCGCCACGUUCCACGACGAAGGGUGGGUCAGUGUUGGUUUGCAGAUCGGAUACAUCGAUCCCGCCGGUGCACGGUAGGUCAGAGUCGAAAUUUCGUAGCUCAGCUUCUCGAAUGGCCACGAUAGUUAAAAAUUCGCUAAUAAAUUUCAGUAUGUCGAAGAUAAACAAAGAGGGAAGAAAAGUAACUAUUCUAGCCUGUUAUUUGCAGUAAUUUAUAACAAAAAAAAAAAAAAAAAAAAAAGACAGUAACUCGCUAUAAAAAGAUUACAAGUUAGAAUUACGUUGUCAGUCUUAAUAAAGUUUCGUUCAUUCGAGUAACAAGUUUGGUAAUGGAACGUGGAAUCCACGAGUGAACUUUAAAGAAUAUACAGUUCCUACAAAAGGUGUGUACGCACGAUUGUAUUAUAUUAUGACGUUGGCAUACUAAUCGAUUAAUUUCAAGUACGUUGAAUUUCGUCGAUAUCGUCAUGGUAGUAGGUACUUUGGCGUAAGCGGAAAAAUUUCGUACCGCCGAAAAUAUGUCGUUCGGCAUCUGGUACGAUAAACCGUGAUAGAUAAUAAUCGAAGAUUUUACUUUCGUUUGGUCGCAACGUUUCCCGCGAUUUCCUAGGGAGGGAAGUUUCCAACUUGUCACCCCUGACCUGUUCAUUCUUUUGUUUUAGGAGCUGGAUGUCGUUAGUAGUCGGAGGAGCAGGAGAAUGGGGAAGACGGCGCGCGGAGAACGGCAAAUAAGAAAGAAGAAAGAAAGGGAAUAAAGACAGAGGAGGAAGACCGCAAGAGCGGCCUCUCGUCUACGUCAGCGAGAGUUCUGGCUGCCUUAAUGGAGACACGUUCACGCGAGCUGCCUCUUACGGCGGCAAAGCCGAUUUAUCUGCGCCCACGAUCCCUUCUCCCUUCACCCUUCUCGGUUCACAGUUCUCCUCUCGGUUGCCUCUCGGUUGCCUCUCGGCCCUCCGCACGCUGCUCUUCCUCCAGCAUCUUUCUUCGUUCGGCCCUCGCGCAUUUGUUAUUCCCUUCUCGCUUGGACGCGUUCCGGCGGCCCUCCAACCCGUUUACAAAGAGGAUCGUGUCUUACACGGGGAUAUUUCACUUUCCCCUGUUCUGCGGGGCGGAGAAGUCGAAGAGUCGCCGGUACGCGCGCGUUCCGUGAGCAACAGAGGGUUGACGAGAGAAGGGUGAGACGCGCGUGAACAGCAACUCGGGGAAAAACUGGAAAAAAGUAUCCAGGAACCUCCGCAGUGCCGGAAGUGACGCGUUCCCAGCUUCUUAUCGCGAUCGGUACGCGCUAGCGGCUCUGGCGCAGCGUACACUCGCGACGAUUAAUUUUUGGUCUGGAGAUUGGGUCGCCGGGAAGAGGAAGACGAGGGAUGCGGGGGAGGGGGUGGGACACGAGAGAAAAAAAGUGAGAUAUCUCGCGGCUCGAAGAGUGGCCGAGGCUGGAGCGUAAAGAAGGUUCCGGCUCCAGAUAAGACCGAACGAUAUAUCGAAUCGAAAUCGGAUCGUAGAUCACGAGGGAUUCUCCAUCGGGCUAGGACGAGGGUGGUGGACGACAUCGGCGAACUUUCGAGGGCGCGACGUUGACCGUCUCUUACAGUCGAAUCUAUAUAGCUCGGAGAAUGGUGCGCGAAGAGAAAUUGGAAAGGAGCGCGGAAGUAGGGUCGCCGCCAGGAGACGUUGGCGGCGGAAGGAGGGACGCGCGUUCUUCUCGCGAGAUACGUACGAGCCGCAAGGGGCAAAAGCGGUCGAAGAGGAGAAGGGUGACGGAGGGAAGGGUGGUUGGAAAAAGAAGAAGAGAACGAAAGAGGUGAAAAGGAGAAGAAGUAGAAGAAGACGAAGAAGAAGAAGAAGAAGAAGAAGAAGAAGGGAGUGACGAAUGCGGUAAACCGUAGAACCGGAACGGCGGAGUUUGCCCAGGAGGCAAUGAAGCACGUCAAGGGGAUGAUGGACGUCUCCGCAUAAACCUGACGAGUGACUCGUGGCGCCUUCAGGAACGACUCUGAGGAGCCCCCUACAUCACUUUUAUUACGGCCGUCCUCAUUUUCAUAUCUCGUAAAACCUCCGGGGCUCUGCUCUUCUCGUCCGCGGACGUGCUUGAUAUACGUAUAAUCCACGAUCCGACUCGCGUGGCGAAAUUAUCAGUCUCCCCACUUGUUCCGCCCUUCCGGCCCGACGAUCUCGCCCACCACGGGAAACUCUUUUCUUCGAGAACGCGAAGCAAUGGAGACGAAUCGUCGGUUUCGACGACCGCGACCGCGUCUCUGCGUCUCCUGGCGUUCUAUUCUCGGCCACGUCGUUCGAAACUUUAGCCAUCGGCUAAACGCGUUCGUCCGUCUUUUCCACGCUCUUAUUCGUACGUCCUGAGCACGGCAAGGGGUUUCUCUCAGUCACCGGCAACAGGACUGUGUCGUGAGUGCCGGUACGCUGCCGGCGACAGUGAAUGACUGCGCUGCACGUGACACGAGACUGACAGGUUUAUGCGAGCGCGUGUGUGGGAACAUAAAAGGGAACACGUAGCUAGCUGCAUGCCUGCCUGGUUGCCUGGCUGCUUGCUUGCUUGCUUGCUUGCUUGCUUGCUUGCUUGCCCGCCUGCCCGCCUGCCGGUUUGCCCGUGAUGUACGUCUGUUUGUGUAAGUGACACGAAGCGAGUGAGUGACGUGUCUCUCUCCGUGGCAGGGCCUUGCCUGUCCCCUUUCCAUCGCCCUUCAUCCCCCGAUGUAUGUCCUUGUCCUUUCAAUUUCGCCCGGUUACGUCUCCAGAAUCGUCGCCGCGACUCUCCGUUACCCUCGAUUAUCCAUUUUUCGCGCGCGUUCGAUCUAUUCUCUCUCUCUCUCUCUCGUUCCCGGUUCGAGAGCGAUAAAUUAACGCGAAAAAGCAAAGGAUAGGGAGACGGACAGGGAGGGUGAGAGAGAAAGAGAGAGAGAGAGAGAGGAAACGAGAUAUUUCAAGGGUCUGAAAUUUACGCUACAGCAACCAGCGACCUUUCCUUUACUUCCAUCUAAUUCAAAACUAUAAAUCGAGGGCGUCUGUUGUAUGUAUGAUGGCGGGCUGGCGCAAACCUGCGAGCUCGUGGAACGAACGAGUGGCAGGGGAAAAGAGAGGGCGAAGAGAUUCGUGGAAAGAUGAAACGAGAACACACGCGAAAGAGAAGGUCCGAGAGGCAGAGGGGAGAGGGAAAGAGAAGGAGCUAGAGCAAGUGGGGUAGAGGGUAAAGGAGGGUGGAUGGAGGGAGACUGCAGAGCCAGAGUAACGUAACAGAUGCUGCACAAUAAACACCUCCCGUCACUUCGCUCCAUAAAUCGCGCGGCGGGCUCCUAGAAGAAACAUUCAACCUCCAUCUACUCCUCAUCCUCUUUUCGAACUCAGCCACCAUACCAACGCUUCUCGUGGAACGCGCCAGCGCGUCGUGAAGUGUCCGUCUACGGACGACGCAAGGCCGUCGCGCGUUGAUCUUUUCCAGGAUCGAGCGGUAAUCGAGUUUGCGACGCGCUCACGCGUCUACCGUUUAUCGUAGCACGAUCGUCGCGCGUACACACGCGACACGGUCCGAAGCAGUUCGGAAGGAGCCGUGAAAGCGAAUCAGAUUCGAAUCUCCUGUCGUUCGAAGAGGAUCGACACGAGGAGACGAUACUAGGCGGUGGCGGUUCGUCCGAGUCAAAUGGAAUCGCGUCCCCUGUUUCGCGCGAUUAUUCGGACUGUUGGAGAAGGUGGACGAGCAACGCGUGGUGCGAGGCAUCGUGGUCGGCGAAAGGCCAGAGUGUCCGAGGGGGCGGCAGACAUGGGAUGGGGUGGUAUGGUGGACGAGGGCACGAGAAGUGGAAGGAGGAGGUGGAUAGGAGACGGAGGUUAGGGGCAACCGUGGCCGCGCGCGGCCGUAUUGAUCUUAUCCCCCGACAUGAGAAAUGCCCGCCGGUUUAAUAAACUCCCGGGACUUAUGAAGCACGUCAGGGUGAUUCACGGCCGCCUCAUUGAGUCGUAUUUAUACAACCGCGACUGAUAGAUUUAUGGAGGACAGCGCAGCGUGGUCCCUCCUGCCCCCUGCCAUCCUGCCCCACUACCCGCUCCACUCCACCCCCUCCCCGAACCGUCUAUGUAACAGUCUGUCCAUCGGCACCGUCGUUUUCUCCGAUUGCCUCCUCCGCCACCACCCACCGUUGCCCCUGUCUCGUUCGACUUCUUCGCGGUUUCUUUGUCCAGCUGGCCGAUACCGUAUUCCGCGGGAAACACGUAAUCGCCACCUCAACGACGAUUCGCGUCUCGUACGUACGAUCGGAUACGUUGGAUUCGUUAAAUACGUUAGUCAUAGCUGUGUACGUACAUAGUCGCGCUAUAUAGUCCACUAGGAUGUCGAGAAGCAGAAGAACGCGAAGUAAGAGAGGAAGCAAGAAAGGAAGGAAGGAAGGAAGGAAGGAAGGAAGAAAGGUAGGAAGGAAAGGUUCUGGACGGGAGCAGAAGCAGAAGGAGCGGAAGGAGAUAGAGAAGGGGCGGGUGGUCGUUCGACGGGCAUGGUGGACCAUCCAUGGAUGUCAGGAGGGGUCCAUGGCGUCACACACGCACCUCGACUCGCCAUCGGCCAAGAGCAAGCAGCCUUAUAAAGUAGCCGGGCUACGAUUUAAUCCGAAAUUUAUUUCCUCCAUUAGUAAGAGCUUGUCUCGGAGCCUCGAGCGUGAGCGAGAGGCUGACGAGGACGACGAUGCCUUUCCAUCUCUCCACCGUCCUUUUCGCUUCUUACCUGUCUCUCCUCUCCUCUCCUCCUCCCCCUUGUCCCAUCUUUCUUUUUCUCCCUUCGUCGUUUCUCACUCUCGGCCUUUCCGCUCUCCCAUCUCGCGGGGCCAUCGGAAUGUUCGUUGGUGCAUCGGUGCAUCUUAAGUAUACCACUACAUUAUGACUCCUAUAUCGCCAUCUUUAUUAUAUCCGCGAUUCACCGGUGUUGGCGCGAUCGCGGUUCGACCCAAGUUUCUUCCUCUCGCGCCUUCUCUUCCCUCCUCCUUCUCCAUUUCCUCCGAUUCGCUUUGUCUUUGUUCUAUUCUCCGUCGUCGACGUGGCUUCCUCUCGCUCGCCCCGAAUAUACAAGGCCCUCGAUCGUGUCGGGUGGUCUCGCGAUUCGUACGUUCGACGGCACCGUGGCGUUGAUCGUAGAGAGCGACGCGAUUCGCUCGAUGUGGGCCGCGGUCCUUCCCAACAAAUCGCCUUUCUUCUUCUUCUUCUUCUUCUUCUUCUUCUUCUUCUUCUUCUUCUUCUCUUUCCUUCAACGUCGUCGGUAAGACGGCUAUGGUAGGUAGAGAGGUUACGCGACCAGAUCUCGAAGGGUGGGAGGUUGACGUCUCAGUCAGCGAGAAAGGCACAGAUGGUGAACCCGUGUGCGUUGAUAGCCACGUAAGAUUUCUCGUUCCAUGCCGACGCGAGCAUUCGAAAAUUUCAACGUUAGUCGGCCCUAGCCUCUAUCGGAUCGAUCAAGUUGCUUGAAUUUAAACGUCCGGCAAGGCUAUGGUUACCGUGGAUGCUUGUUCUCGCCAAAUAUCAUUCCGACCAACUCGAUUCGAAUUCUUACGAGCGUACGCAUUUUGGUCCCCGGAUGAUUCAAUCGGCAGUUCGUCGAAACGCGCAUCCGCCUUAAACUGGAUCUAACAAGAAGAAAGUGUGGAGACCGAGAAGCGUAUUUCGAGCGAACUAAAUGACGGAUUCAUAACGGUACCGGUGGUCUCGGUUUUCGUCAAUUCCAGUCGCUUGACUUGGCGUUACUCGAGUAAUCCGAACGAGCUUUUUGGAUCUCGAGAAUGGGCCGCUAUAAAUGCAAAAGAAAAAUGUACGGGCAACAAGUGGGUGGUGAUCGGAGGACCUUAUUUCGCGCAAAGUCUGUGGAACGAUGCGCGCGUGGUAAUAGAACUUUGUCGACGCGAAUGCGUCCCGUACGAAAGUAAUAUGCGCCACUAACGUGGCAUCGAGCGUCCAAAAGCGUCCAGAAAGAUCUUCGGAUAAGAUUCGGAAUCGCGUUAUUUUUCGUUGCAGACGGUGGAACGAAAACUGUAACGAUGAUCGAGAUUCUAAUCGAGAUCCCUUCGUCGCCAGGCUGCAUUCUCUCGCUCGUGAAAAUCGUAUACCGCGCGCCAGCGGCGAAUGCCAUUUCCACUCUCGAACGAUUGCGAAGGACUCUUAUAGUUGCUUCUCGAGCCAACAGAUGGCGCGGACGGUGUCAAGGUGACCGGUCGAGAGCUAUGAAAAACGAAAUUCAAACGAAUUUUUACGGAGAAACGACAGACUCGGGUACCUCCAACGAUUCGAAGCAACGGAAUAUCGAAGUAGCGUGUUGGCUGAUUUACCUCGUUGUCUGACCAACGAUACGAUUCUUUAUCCAGAUGGAUUUAGAUUUCUUCGUAAGAUAUAACUUUCGAGCUGGGAAUUUAAGUAUAUCGUAAUUCGUCGUCGUUAAGCAGCCCAAGAACGAAACGAACUAAUAACAACGUAUAAUACGAAUUGCUCUUAGUCGACAUGUAAAACUUGCAUUAUCGGAAGAUCAAGAACAAAUUUGAUAUCGAUAUAAGAUAAAAAGAAGAUAAUUUAGAAUUCAUAUAACAAACCACGUAAAAAUUGUAACGAAAUGAAAAAUUUCAAUCGCUCGUAACGAUUACGCAAAAUAAAGAUCGUACGUACCCCGAUCUAACGCAAUUACUUGUAACUUCUAAAAAUCGCGUUUCAUAAGGAAAGUUGGAUGAAGUUUGGAUGAAAUUUCUUCCAAAUUUCGCAACAUUUGCUGGUCUGAAAGACUGCGAACCUUAGACGUCCUCGACCAGCGUCCCCCGAGACAAAGAUUUCUCUUCAGUUGGAAUUUUCACGUCUCGUCCAUCGCGUUUGAUCGCCUAUCCCUGUGUCUGACCGCUCUGCAUAUCCCGGUAAACGAGCGGAGCGGUGUGCAGGAAAUCUAGCUCCCGUGUGUUACACUUACGGCACCCUGUGGACUCUGUUCCCCGUGCCCGCGACUAUGGACUACCGUUCGGGAAUCUACGCGUCUACGCGAGUCUGCGAAUACGCUCGUACGCGAUCUAUGGUCGCGCGUAUAGCUACGUACGCAGCUACGUAUACUAAGCGUUGGAAUAGUGUGCGCGCGAUGGUCACUUGCCAUAAAUCAGAUUCCCGUGAGAUAGCAGGCUAGCUGCUUCACUCCGUUGAGUUUUAUCGGGCGUACCGGCGCCGCGUGCUAAUUAAACUGACGUGAAAUAAUCGCGGCUGUUUCACGAUUGAUCGUUGAUCGAGGUCGUCCAAGUACCGACGAACAUGCUCCUUCUCCCAUACGUCGUUGGGAAACAAAACGUGCUUGAUCGCUUGUUCGCGUUUCCUUCUUUCUCUUACUCCUUUCACCUCGUUCGACGCGAUGCUGGGACGAGUCUAUGAUUUUGGAACAGUACAGACUCGUCUGUCCGCGUUUCCUAAAUAAGAACGAACGAACUCGUAGCCGAGUCUCCGUCGAGGCUAUAGUUACGGCGAACUUGUAUCUCGACGAAGAGUUGCCGCAACAGAGAGACAGCAUCAAUUUCUAGCAACUGGUUGGUAAACCGACAAACAUUAGCUCAAAAUCGGUAAAAUCAAAUGGCUUUUGGAAAGAAAUUCGUAGCGACAUAAUAUUCGUAGGAAGGAACUUUUACUUUUUUUUCGAUAUGAAAUCAUUUCUCUCGCGAUUUACAAUUUAAAUAACGCAACUUUACGUUCCUUCUUAUUACAAUGGCUGUGUCAGCUGUCGUUCUCGUAUUCGGACAAAUUUUAAUUAAAUGUUUAAGUACCUUUGUGCGCCACUGUAUAUAAUGGCAAGCGGACGUAAUUGCGGAGUGAACAAGAUGGAUGUGUAAUUCGUGGGACGCGAACCGCGGCGCACGAUUCGUGCUUGGGACGCAUUCCUCGGUCGUACGUCCACCCACGAGACCGACUCGCGUUUUACGUUUAGCGCGAGCUGUUGGUUAAGUAGCGUGGACCGAGGUCGCGGGGUUUGGACGUUCGCCGCGUCGUCGAUUGCUCGGAGACGCGCUUUUGCAAAAAGUCGCGAACGAAAAGAAUAAAAAGAGUUGCGCGUUUGUCGCGAAAGCAAACGCCGACUAGUUUUUUCCCAUCGUGUUGCAAAAUAGUUUACGCGCCAGUCGUCGGCCAGAAAGACUAAACAGGUUUUCGAGGACGCCGGUAGCAAUAAAGACCGAUACCAAAGUAGCGUCUAACUUUGUCGAGAUAUAUCCGAGGCGGACGCGGGUUAUCUGCUCGCGAUGGGCGAAUCUCGUAUCUAAACUGCGCACAAACAUCCCUCGACUUUAAAAUAUGAAGUGUCCUCGCGAUCUUUAGCUCGCGAUCAAGGACGUCCCGUGUCUCCUCGCGGUUCAUCGUACGCCGCGCUCGAACACGGCCUCUUAUCGAAUUCGACGCCACCGGCAGCAUCGCAGUUUACGCGAAUCUGUUUACCAGCGACCUAUUAGCUUGCGUUUAUAGCGGAUGCGUUUUUUGGCGAAAAAUCCACUACGUUAAAGUACGAGUCACUUAAGCUUCAAUAUCUCAAAAUUUAAUCUCCUACUUUGCAUAAAACGGUUAAACUUGUUGUUCAUUACGAGACCAUUGGUCCUUAAUACGAUAUCGAAUGGUGUGGCGAGGAACAAUACCAAAAUCGAGAAAGUCACGAGACCAAACCUACGGUAGAGUUACACGAGUCAUCGCGGGGGGAUAUCGAUACGAGAACCGAUAAAAUAACUUGCACGAGUAUAGUAAUACGCGCGCAUUAUCGACGAUCAAGACCGGAGGAAAUUACCAUCGAAGAAAUUUCUUCGCUUUUGACGAAUAGAAGCGAAAUGUUCUCGCGAAAGCCCGCCAACCUAGAUACACGAAGUAUUUCACCGCACUUUAGAACGCUAUCGUAACUCGUGAUAUAACGCGCUUCAUCGCCCGUAGUCCUAUCUCGUCACGAUGGAACAAAGUCGCACGCGUCAGCCAACGUUGUAAGUACGAGUUGCCCGAAGUUCGGAUCAGCCAGUCAAGUCUAAGUUUUACGCCAGCGAAAGAUCGAAGACGCGAGUUGCGCGUCGGACGUACGAAUCGCAUCGCUUCGCACCACGGAAGACUACAGGCGAGGAAAGAUGCUGCGCGGUAAUUAAUGGCGCAGCGAGUCCGUCGCAAAUCAUGUGGCCCGUCCUAUAAUUCACGGAGCUGACGCACGUUUAAAUAGAGCCCGAUAGAAGAGCCGGAGAGACCGUUCGUUCUCGUCUCGCCUUUAGCCUCUCUCUCUCUCUCUCUCUCUCUCUUUCUCUCUCUCUCUCUCUCUAUCUCUCUAUCUAUCUAUCUAUCUCUCUUCCCUCUCGGCGAAAAAUCAACGUUUUCGGCUAAGAAAUUUGUCUACCGAACUCGAUGGACGUUGGAACAGGCGUGAAUGUACGGAAUUACGAUGAUCGUCUUAGCGGGGGCAGAUUGCGAUCUACAGAUAGGCCGUCGAAGCGUUCGAGCGAUUUCCGGGGAGACGAGCAGUGGUCUACGAAGAGGGAGCUUGGCCGGACGCGAAAUCCGGAGCCACGAUCCUGGCGAGCAUCGUACACGACGAACCAUGGCAUCCUCAUCCUCCGCUAUCGAAAAGCUAGUAUUUAUAGCUCCAUUAAGGCCGGGACUAAAUCAUCGGUGCAGCCACAACUUUGUUGUAUCCAGCCCGGUACUGCCCAUCCAAUACCUUCCCAGCCGUGCGGACCUCUUGUCUAAUAUUUCGUUGCUAUGGCGUGGUCUACUAUGCGCACGCCUGUAUAUUUCAAGUACCGAUAUCGGGAGGUUGGAGGAUGAAAAUUUUACCGGCGAAAGCAGAAACGGCUGAACAGAGAGGCGAAAAGACGGGGAGAAGAAGGAGGAACUGGGCUGCUGUCGCGUCGCUUUCGCUCGAAACGAAUCCCCUUUCUCGUUCCAGCGCCCGCACGGUAAACGUUCCGUCCACCUUUGUCGUACCUUGAAAUCGCCUUCGAGAAAUAGAAGGGCCGAUUCCUUCCAUACCGUUGCAUACGCUGGCUCACCAGAGCAUUCGAACGCUGUUAGAAACCUUUUACGAAUAUAUUAUAUGCGUUACAGGGAGGAACGUUUCGCGAUUUCAUUAGCAGCGUAAUGUAACGCUACGGCAGCGAUUGUAUGGAUAAGGUUUGAAAGAAAUGUAAAAAUACGCGUAGAAGCUAAGUGCGAGGUAGUAUUAGCUCGCGACGUUCAUUUUUCGCGUUAUCUAGACGCUUUCAGCUUUCCUUUCGUUUUCAGUUUCUUCUUUUUAAAUAUCAAUGGACCAUUGAUCUCGAAAUCUUGGAGAUUUUAAACGCUACUACGUCGAUAAAGCUUCUGUUUCGUUCGAUAGAUCGUCAACUUUUGCCCAUGUCUGUUUAAGAUGGUCGUAAAGAACGUGACCGAUCUUGAAGAUCGAAAUUCUUUCUCGAAACCUGUCGACCUAUUUGUCGAACGAUAAAACAUCUACCCCCUGACCUGUCAACAACAAGGACGAAUAUUAUUUAUAACAAUUGUCAUUAUAUCCCUCUCGUGAAACUUGUACAACACGAGCCGCGGGAAAUUGCAUGGUCUCUGCGAAGAAUAUGCUUGAAACGGAUAUCUCGUGAUACUUCUAUAUACAUUUUCAGAUUGGCUCGUGUCUCAUUACAGUCUUAAUGAAAUAUCCAAACGCUACACAUACUGGGCUUGGACGAAAUAAUGCAAACACCUCUUAUACGUCAUAUACGUAUAUACACCCCCGUAUGUAUGUAUUCGCACACCGACGCAUUCGCGGAUUUCGCAUAAACAUCUUGCGAAUUUAGCUUCUUUCACGAGCUUAAUAUGUCGCUCUACAAUUUUAACGUUGCUCUUGGACGAUAUAAGUAAUAUCUAUUAACGAAUGAAAUUGGACAAAUAUUAAGAUACUGUUCAUACUGAUCGAGUUAUUAUUGUUAUUAAGUUAUGGCCAAGCCUGCUUUCAUGUUUGUCAAUCUUCAGUGCUUGAUAUCCGCUCGAAGCUCUAGACCACACCAGAUUCUACAAGAAACGAACGUAUUAAAUAAAUUGCGCCGUAGAAAAAGACAAACAGGCGGUAAAAUCAUCUGAAACGUUUUGCUUAUCGUCUUGAUAUCGUCUUCAUUUCACCUCUACACGUACGUUCUGGUUUGCCUAUCUUUGUAUUACGUGUUAACGAAAUAUUAGCAAACAGGACAAUACGCAAAUCCAUAAACGAAACUGAAGCGGGAUAUUCGUGAGAUAUCCGCAACUACGUAAGUGUCCGGAUACCCAUGGAAAGCGGUGUAUGUAUGGAUGUAUGUAUGUAUGUAUAAUAUGCACGUGAUACAUACAAAGGUGUUCCCAUUAUCUCGUACAAGUCCAUUACGUUUGAAAAUUUUAUAUCAAAGUACUUUCGUGAAACACUACGUUCAAUUACGUGAAUUCCACCUACGAAUACGAAUACUUUGCGUCGCGUGGAGAACUGUUGGUAGCGGAUGGGUCGAAGAUGGUUGAAAUUCAGCCGAUUCCUGGCGGAACAGCGACCGGGAAACCGGCGUUUCAUAUCGAUUCGCGAACGCGGCGAAUCGUCGGGAAUCGCAAAUUCGCGGCUCGAUCGCGUUCCUGCGACAACCGCACGAAUUCGAUCGUGUUCGCUGCACUUGCUACGCUUCGAUCCGGUCCGAUCCGAUCGUGACGCACAGGUAAAUCUGUCUCGAUGACACGCCGAUGCGAUGGCGGCGGGAUAUCGCGGCCCAUCGGCUCGUUUAGUAUCGUGGAGGGCGUCGAACGUCGAAUGUCGAGCAUAGAGGAUGAGAAGGAGGAGGUGGGAGGCAUCGCGUCAACGGCAUACAUUACGAGUCACAUUUACUCGAAGCUGUACACAGCAAACUCCUCGGCAACGAACAGGCAGCGGAAUAUCCACUGGUAUGAGCACCCUCUGCCGUUGACGAUACGUUUCACGCUGGACCGAUGAAAGUUUAUUCUGCCUUUUUUGACAAUCUGUUGAAAAACGCCACGUGCAACGUUUGGUCGUAUUCGUCGAUUCGAGGAAAAUUUAUUUUAAUUUGAUUUUAUUUCAUUUAUUCGUUCGUACGGCUAAAGAUCCAUUUUUUCUUUUCUUUUUUACAAGAAUAUGAUAUACGAUGGGAGCAAAAGAAACAAGUGUCGGGGUGAGAUGCUAGGGGAAACGCGUGUACAAAUAGGCUGAACUUGAAACUAUCGUAGCGCACGUCGCUCGAGUUACCUAAGACUACGUAGACCUUCUUCCUGAGAUCUCUUGUUUCUCUCUUUCUCUCCCGUUAAGGUGGGGAGAAAGUUAAUACUAUUGCAUAAAGUGUGGCCUAACUCGCGUAUACGGGCUGUAAUAUUUGUGUGGCCAAAUGUGCAGGAGAAGGACAGAGAGUGGUAUAAGAAGACCUAGAGAAAUAGGAUGCUGUAUGGAAGUUGAUAACGUUAAGAAGCUGUGGACAGUCGACAAAUCCAUUUAAGAAUUUAAGUAGAAAAAUAGCCUCGUCAGCCAAUCGCCUGGUAGCAAGUGGAUAAUAUUUUGCCGCGAUAGGAGUGUAGUCGUGGUCACGAACAUUCAUCGGACAGCCGGAUUUAUAAGCAGGGAACCUUAGAAAAAAGUGCUGGAUCCACUCUGGCUGGUUUCUUUGUCUGGUCGUACUGGGGUUGCCAGAUGACUGAAGUAUAGUCGCUGUGAAGGAACACAAGGCGGGAGGGAGAAAAUGGUGAAACGAUCCUCUCUCUCAAUUCUUAGUCGUCUUCGCGCAAACGGUAAUGAAAUUUUCACUGCAAUUUCUGAAAAAUCGUAUAACGCUAUUAAGAAAAACACUUACCUGUUCGCAAGUAUCGUUCACAACCUAAUUUGACCCGUGCUUUUGACAGCUAUUCUACUAUGUAUCAGUACAGUAAAAAAAGCUCAAAAUUAAAUUAAUCCAAACAAAAUCUUCGUCAAAAAUUUGAAAAAAAAAAAAAAAAUAAAUAUGCAACAAUUACUUUGAUUGCGAAUGGACAAUCUCUCACGCUUUAGUAUUUUAUUCCGUAUAUGAAAUAAGAUUUCGUGGUAUGGACACUUGAGACGCUUCUACGCCUAUGCGAUCGAAGAGGAGUCGGUCGAUCGGUCGAUCGGUCGAUCGGUCUAUCGGUCGAUCCUCGUUGCGGUUCGUAGCGGCGUUGUACCACGGUCUGGUCGGCCGCUAUCCAAGAGCGGCCCUUGUAACAUAAAAUGCUGAUUUUAUUUAAACGCCAGCUCCCCUUUCCUCUUCGUUCUCGUCCAGUUUCGUAGCCACCGGUGUAUUUAUCGCGGGGCAUUCCGGCCGGACGUAAGUAUGUCGGUCCCUGGUACGCCCGUUAAUAAUGUCCUUAAUCCUCGAGCUCGGGCUCGAGCCCGAACUCUGCGGCGAUCCUCCCACCCUUUGCCCGAGCUUUUUUGCAUAUAUCGCGACCGAACGUACACCGAGAACCGACCGAAUUCUCGUUUUUCGAGAAGCUUUUUCGACGAUACGCGACCUCUACUUUACGACCGUUUCGAUCGUCCCGACGUCGCGACCCCCGUCGCCCCUCCGCGCCGCGAAACUCCCGCAGCCACCAACAAACAGUCGUGCAGAUCGCCACGCGUCCAGAUUACCAUCGGCCGCGAUGAUAUACAUACGUUGACGCACAAACGGGAAAAACAUCCGUUCGAAUUAUCGAAUAUACGCGAUAUAUGACGGGGUGAAAAAAGGUAUGGCGUCUGUCGCGCUUCGAUCGGUGGAAACACGCUCGAAUUUCGGCGCCCUGUGAGCGAGCGGGCGACGCUUAAUGCACGAGCGAGUUUUGUCCAAGAGCUCGUCGUUCGGAAGCUAUUAGAUACGUUUGUGCGUGCUUAUCCAAAUAUCGGUUAAAACUGUUUUACGCGUCGCUUUUAAAACUCCAACUGCGGAAAGUGAGAAAUCGAUCCUUGCAGAUACUUUGUCACGCUGUUGUGCAUUCACACGUAGCUGCGGAAUUGUCACGCAUCUAAGAACGAGCUAUUGCAACGCUACGUAUGCUCCAUCCUCGAUAGCGUUGCGUAUACGUCUCAACGACGUAUCCAAAGGCAAAUCGUUCGUUUACGUGGAGAGAAUUUACGGAGAAUCAUCGGCCGACAGAUGGAAGGCGACUAUCUCGGAAAGAGAUAUGUUCGGUGAGAAUUCCAGUGGACAGAGGUUGAACGGGAUGGAGGAAAGUGGAUAGAGAGGAAUACGCAACGAAGAUCGUAUACAAAUUAAUUAAAAGACUGUGCAAAACGAACCGGCUCGUCUAAUUACCAAGGUGGGCGAGUAGCCUCGUUUGGUGCAACUACGAAAGUUGGGGAGAGCAAGAUAGGGGGUUGAGGGCGGUGAUGGUGUUGGCUUCCGCGGAACUGAGAAACGCUCGAGUCUCGGGUAACGGUAAGAAGGAGGUUGCGGAGAAGAGAAUUUCAGGCCACAUCGAGACAACCGGGGCUAAACAGCCAUCUAAAUGCAUCCGAGGUGGCGCUCGCUGCCAUUACGGCUGAUGGACGCUUAUUGACGCGCGCCCUGCCAGCAACCGAGUUGGAGCCUCCAGGCAAGCCCUCCUGGAUCCCUCGAUGUAGAAUAUCUCUCUCUUUCUCCGUUCUACGUUUCCUCUCUUUGUUCUUACCGUUGGCCACUGCUUUACCUUCGUACCGGUACAAACCCUGUUUUACACCCCUGCCCCGAGCGCGAAAACACGUCACGGAGGGGACCAUCUUCGUCCCUCCCGGGUAAUGUCGGAAAAACGUCGCGUGGCUUUAAAACGUAUCCAGUGUUGCACUCUGCAACCUUGUCACGAAUUCGCCCGCUAUCGACGAACCGUUUCCACGACGAAUUCUGACGCGUACUGGGGGCGAGCGUGUCGCUGGAAGCCAGAAAGCUGCGCCGCGGCCACUUCUCACGAAUCCUUGUACUUUCGUCGCCGCGACGGGAUUAUCGCGUUAUUUAUGCGGUAAUAAUAACGAGUUAGUAUAGCGCGCGGGAUGUGCUUUAUGUUCUUGCGAGCCAUUAGGGUUAAUAUAGCGUCGGGAUCUUUCUCCGCGGUCUCCACGGCUACCGUCCCCCGCGGUUCCUCCAUAUCCUUCCUUCGUUUCCACGCGAAUUCCGGCUUACGAAUCGCUCGAGACACGAGUUGCUUCGUAUUUCCCGUCGAUGCCCCUUAAAUUCGAUGUAAGACCUGCGUGCGGACGAACAACGGCGCGACGCGAUGACGUUGCGAUUUUUCAGCAUCGUCGUACGAUUCGGCGGCAUGACGUUUGCUUACGACGUACGACGCGACGCGCUCUACCCUGCUUCUAGCGCUUCGAUAUCAGAGACGACGAAGGGGAGAAAAGGCGUGGGUCGUGAAACGGUAAUAAUAGCGCGUCGUUCAUCUGCACCGAAUCUAAAGCGUGAAGCGAUACGUUAAAGGACUUGAAACGGUGACCGACUAAAACACCAUUGAGCACGGCAGAACGGUUAAGGGCCCUAUGGCUAUCUAUGGAUCGAGGAGGCAAGAUGCGCCGCCCCGGGCGUAAAGAACUCGACGAGGAACCUGCUGAGUCCGGCGAGAGAAAGAUCGGCUCGGUUGGUCAUCGGAAAAGACACGGAGAACCGGCGGCGUCGGUUGAUUGGCUCGCAUCGAUCCGCCGUGCUGGGAGCAAUAGAUCAACGGAGACACUGACGCCAUACUGGUCUCGGCUCCUCUCCUUUUGUCUCUAUCUCGCUCUUUCCCAUUCUUGCCUCGUUCGCUUCCCCUGCUUUUGUCUCUGUCUGGAUCGGUGGCGCGCGCUCGCGAGCAAAAACGACAGAGGGACUGGGACGUCCGAGACACCGAGCCGAACUGAGGACGGGGAGGUGCGUGAAAGCGGCACGAAGGAAGGAGGAGGCGGUCGUGGAAAAACGAGGCGAGGGAUAGACGAGAGAGCGUACGGUACGUAGGUGUUGCGACGUCGCAUCGGGAUCGAACGCGAGGCAGAACGCGAAGGGAGACGCGAAGAAAACGAACGAAGCAGAAAGAAAAAGGGGCAGACGAAGAGGGGAGGGGCCGCGAGCGAAAGAAAGCAAAUGGCCGGGGAGAGACUGGGAUCAGCAGCGAAGGGGAAACGGGCGAAGAGAGAAGGCAGAGCCAGAGAGCGAGCUCGCGGCCUUCGCGGCGAGCUGUUGUUCGAUUCGGGCCGCACGGUUGCGGAGAAUACGAACGGCCGAAUUAUGAAAAUGGUCCUGUGUGACGCGGCAACCACCCUUGCUCGGAGAGAUAGCUUCCAGCAAUAAACAUACCACCCUCGCCAACCCCGUGACUCGCCUUCGAUCCUCCGACGACUCGAGUCGCUUACGAACUACACCGGGAACAGGGGGAUGAGAGAGACGCGAGUUUCACCGAUUCCCUUGCUCGAUAAACUCGAUGGAAACUCGCAACACGGACCAACCGUUUCUUCGUUUUCUCGUUUCUCGAAUCUUCAACUAUCACGAAGAAAAACUCGUAUAGCGUCCGCUCGCAAAACACGAGACCGGUCAUCGACGGUUUCGGGUUGCGGGAACGCAACGACCUAUUGCCCUAAAAGCUGCUCGAUACGGGGCACGAUUUAUCCCGGUAUUCAGCUCGUAAAUUUCCAUUUGGACCACUGUUCUUGGCGAAUCGCCGCCGAGGGUCGAGAGCGCGGAUUCGACGAAUUCUAUCUCGCCAGUGUGCACCCGAACGUACGAACGAAAACCCUCGUGUCUCUACGAAAAGUUCCAACGGCCACACCCGUUGAUUCUCGUGUGCCGAGGUCUUCCAGCGUUUUCCAGAUCGAUCGGUGUCGAAGCGGCAAAGAGCAGAGAGUAUUCGCGGUAACGAGACCAGAUCGCGAUAUCGAUGGACGCGCACGGUAUAAAAGAAACACCGAUCGUGAUUUUUCCUACCUUUCGCACCCUUGCUUUUCCUCUCCUCUUCUCUCUCUCUCUUUCUCUCUCUCUCUCUCUCUCCCGCUCCCUAUUUCUCUCUCUUUCUUCCAGCCGCUCUCUCGUCGUAAAUCUUUUCCAGUUGACCUUGAUGGACAGGCUUCAUACGCUAAUUGCCAAUUUUUUUGUCUUUUUUAUUUUCGGACGACGAGCCGGCUCUGGCCAGUGGUUCAACAGGUGUCGUGGCGGUGGGUCACGGGAAACUUUUAUUUGAGCGCACGAGCGAGCGAGGGAACCCGUGAGAGAAAUAGGGUGAGGGAGCGAGAAAGCGAGAGGAAGGGGUGGAGAAGGAGGGCGAAAGAGGAACUAGAAAGGAGGGUGAGAGGGGGCAGGGGGGGUGUACGCCGAGUUGAGCGAGCGAACGAGCGAGCGGGAGUCUAUUAGUUCACCCCGGAAAAACGCGACCCCACCGGAUCCCUCUCUCUACGUUGACUCGACCCCGUUGUUUGGUAUCGCUGAUUUUUUUUUCUUUCUUUCCCCUCUUUUUUUCCAUUGAAACGCGUCGACCACCGUAAUCGCUCUGUCGAAGCAAUCCCUCACUCGGUCCGAUCUCACGACAGAAGGUCCGAUAAUCCUGCGCGUUGUCCGCGCGGACGAGUUUUUCCAACUUUUCCAUCGCACACCGUACCGUUACGAGCGCGCGCACGUCGUUAAUAUUUUCCCUCUUUUAUCGAAUCCAUCCGCGACGUAUGCGCGAUUGAUCUUGUUACCGCGGAUCAACCGUGUCUCUUUAUCCGGUUUUCUCGCGCUCACACCGUUUCUUUCUCUUUCGCUUCGUCCUCUUUCCCACCCCCUGUUUUCCCUCCCGUUCUUCGUCUCGCGUCGCGGGCUUGAAAAUAAUUUGCAACAAUACCAAACUGGCGAACCCGGACAGAAGAGACGAAGGAGUCGAUCGUGACCGUAGAACGGCUCAUUGUCAUCGAGGACAUUGGAGAUGGUCCGUGCACGAUCAUUCUCAACGAUCAUUCUCGACGAUCGAUCCGUUUGUCGCGGCGGCAACGCUCCAGCCUCGACCGACUAUUCGAAAGGAGUAUCCGUUUUCUUUUAUUUCUACUGCUUCCUUCCAAUCACUCCUUUUCUUUUCUCUUUUUCUUUUUGUCCUUUCUUUGACAAUCUUCCGACCUCGUCCGAUCCCAUCUCGUCUCGUCUCAUCUUGUCUCGUCUCGUCUUGUCUCGGCGUUCGUACCUAUUAUAAAUCUUUCUCCACGAAAGUCAUCGAGUCACGGUUACUGCUUGCGCAUAUAAACGUGAUAACGCGUAAAGUCGUUGAUGGUCGAGUGGUAGUAGAAACGGCCGUACUCUGACCAAAUAAAGGAGCUCCCAAUAAAAGUAAUCCUUGUCCCUGCUGAUAUAUAGAUAGUUUCUAAAUAAUUUAGUAGUCUGUAUAGUUCCACUACCAUUUAACGUAUUCUGCUCUUUUUGCGCACAAUUUAUUCUAAAAAGAAGAAAUAUCCGAAGAGAUAGAAGCUCGAAGAAGAAACAGCGAGGAGAACAGCCGUGUUCGUCGACUGUCGUGUUGUAUUGGAUUCCAUUUGCAAUCCUUAUCGUCAAAGUAAUACAAUACUCAAUGGAAAAAAUCCAGCAUAAAUUUUUACGCUUCGUUUCUCAUAAAAGACACGAGCCAACCCCGAAAACUUGCCAUAAUUAGGACACAAUUUUAAGUUCGCUCUAGUUUCAAGUUUAAGUUUCCUACCCUUCAACCACCUGAACUUACAUCUCACUUAUCGUCUAUUUUUUAAUAAUCUACACUAUCGGUUUAGUUCAGCUUGAUGCCUCGCUUCAUCUGUAGUAUGUUACUUACGUAUUUCUAGUCUUGAGAAAUUAUCGUUUCAGUCUGUGUAAAUUUCUGUAACGUUAUACGUUACGUGUAAGCUUUGUGCGUAAUAUAUCUACUUCAACUGAUCAUUUUCAGAUUCACAUCUUUCUACACCGAUGCAAGCUUUUCCCCGUUUAUAAUAAUUAACAGUAGUAGUAAUAACAAUAGUAAUAAUAAUAAUAAUAGUAACAAACAAAUAUUCCUGUAAGCGUGACAAUAGCUACGAAUUCCUGCUCGUCUGAAACCAAACAUCACCGGCGAUGUUUCGACGUUUUCGAAGACGGUCACAGGAAGAAACGGAUCGAAACGCGCGCCACAGCACACCAGAGAGAAUGGCAAUGAGGUCGCAUAGCUGGCACGCCGAAUGUAACGAGCCCCGGCGCUCUUAUCUCUUUGCUAUUAUCUCCGCUCGGCUCGUUUCCAUCGGCCUGUUAUGGCCGCGUUACCCUAGCCAGCCUAUACAAAAGUAUUAUGCGAUAUUCGAGGUAUCUGCCUAGCUAUCGCCGCGGGAAGAACAGCGCGAGAAUCUGACAGAGACACCAUCGCGUAACAAUGCAAGCUCGAAUACGUUCCGUCAUCUUGAAACACCCCGCGAAAAUCCGGCACGCUUCGCGGGUCACCAUCCACCCGUCGUCCCCUCGAAUCGCGUAUUCCUCAUCUUUUCCAUUUUUUAAAGUUCUCUCCUCCAUCCUCGAAUCUCCUCUGAUCGUGUAUUUACAUUGACAGCACUAUGGUCACGGUCUUUUACGAGGAUAUAAAUUCUACUCGUAAAAAGGAAAGAAGGAAGAUCGUUCGACGUUGAUAUCCUGUUGAUGUUGAUGUUGAAUAAUUAUCGUAGCUUAUUUUUUUUUUAUUCCCGGAAUUUAUCUUCUUCGUGGCGUUUCCGUUUGUAUUUUCUUGCCGUUAUAUAAAAUACGUUCUCGUUACUUUGUUAUUGCAUCAAAGACAUCUGAAAGGUGUCUCGUGACAUACGACAAGUGCGUCGUCUCUUUUCUACGAAGUUCGAGGCAGAAUUUGGAGAUGUUGAUGCUCGGUUGACCAGAAUAAAAUCCUAUCUUACCUCGACGCAAUGUGCACAUUAAUCCACCUUGACGAACGUUCCAAUUGAAAUUCGUAAAACGUAUUCUAAUAGACAAGUUUCGAGGCAAUCCAAUUAAUUAAUCGAAGAAUUUUGAAGGAGCGCGUUGUAUCGCGCGAUCGCUACCGGUGCACCGGGGUCUCCGCGGGCUGAAAACGGCAACCGAUCGCGUACAACAUCAGCGGAAACCUAUACACGACCGUGAGAUUUAAAAAAUGAUUCUGCCGGACGAUAUUCCGGCCGCGAUCGACGCGCAAACAUAAUAUAUACACAAAUUACAAUUCCGCGCUUAAAUCCCGUUUAGUCUAUCUUUAUGCGUCUAUGUCGAAUCAAUAUUACGAAUACAUAUUUACGAGCAAAUUCACCUCGAAACCACCAAUAAGCCGCGGCCUCGUAUACAUUUCCCAGUGCAAUCGUUGCCGAUGCAUUCGAGGUUUUGAUUUUCGUUCUUUGUUCAUUUAUUUGUUUUUCCCUUUUUACCGAAAAAUCUGUCGAUUUACGAGGGGCACCGUUUCCAUCGCAUCGACAUUACCGCGCGUAUCUGGUUACGCGCUUUCAUUCGUUUAUUUAUCGCACGGAAAUUUCGCUGAUUAGUAUCGUGCGGACUGCACUAAUGCGUUGUCUCGUAAUUCAUCGAUUUUAACGGGGCUGACCACGCCGGUCCAUUGAAUCCGCUUGGUCGCUCGGUCGCUCGCUGACAUUUGCGUAUCGUGACGAACUUUCAAAAAAUUGCGGAUAAUCUCGCUACGUUUUCCCACUUUCCACCGUUUUCCAACUAGCAGCUCGUCCUUCUCCGUUAAAACGUUUCGUUUGCUAUUGCGAAACCGAAGAAAAUUAAAGUUCCAUCAUUUCCUUUUUCGUAUCGUUUUCAUUUCAUUUAAAUCAAUUUAAUACAUUCGGUCGUUGUUUCGCAACAACUUGCGCGGUAUCAUUUUACUCGAAAAGUGAUAGAACGAAAUCUUUAAAUAUCUUUUCCUAUAUCUUUUUGAGAUUCGUGAUUUCUCUGGUGCAUGCGUGCGCGCGCUUAUCCUUCGACGCGGUGCCAUUCUACGGAGUCGCUCGCAAA